AUGGGGUUCUCUGUAAGGUCAUCAUUUGCCCUUACAGUGGCCUGGUUCGUUCUCUUCGGUGGAUUGUUUAUGGUCGUUAAUGGUGAUUUUAAUUAUAAAGAUGCACUCACCAAGUCAAUUAUAUUCUUGGAGGCACAGAGGUCAGGGAAGCUCCCUUCAAAUUGUAGGCUUCGUUGGAGAGGAGACUCUGGGCUUGAAGAUGGAAAACUUGCUGAUGUGGAUCUUGUUGGGGGUUAUUAUGAUGCAGGAGACAAUGUCAAGUAUGGUCUCCCCAUGGCUUUCACCAUUACAACCCUGGCCUGGGGUGCCAUCUUUUAUCGUGCAGAAUUACAAGCAGCUGGGGAAUUGCAUAAUGUACAAGACGCCAUCCGCUGGGGAACAGAUUAUUUUCUCAAGGCUAGUUCCAAACGCAACACUCUGUGGGUGCAGGUGGGAGACCCAGUUAAAGAUCACCAGUGUUGGGUGCGACCGGAAAACAUGGAUUCCCCGAGAACACUUCUAAAGAUUGACAGCAACACCCCUGGUACAGAAAUUGCAGCUGAGACUGCUGCAGCAUUGGCUGCUUCCUCCAUUGUUUUCAGGAAAACAGAUCGUUUGUAUUCUCGUAAACUCCUCAACAAGGCAAAAGUGCUCUUUCUGUUUUCUAAAGCACAUAAAGGAACCUUUGAUGGAGAGUGCCCAUUCUAUUGCUCUUAUUCUGGCUAUAAUGAUGAGCUGCUGUGGGCAGCUUCAUGGUUAUACAUGGCUUCCAUGAAGCCAGUGUUUUUAGAAUACAUUCAAGAGGAAACCAUCAGUGCAAGCGUUGCUGAAUUCAGUUGGGAUCUCAAAUAUGCUGGAGCCCAAAUCCUUCUAUCUGCAUUGUAUUUUGGAGGGGAGAAAAGUCUAGAGAACUUCAAGAAGCAGGCCGACAGCUUUGUAUGUUCUGUGCUUCCUGAGAGCCCCUAUAAGCAGAUCUACUUCACUCCAGGUGGGUUGAUUCACCUCAGAGAUGGAGCCAACACGCAAUAUGUUACAGGCACUGCUUUGUUGUUUAGUGUCUACAGCGAUGUGCUUGCUAAAUACAACCAGAAGGUGGCAUGCGGGAACAAAGAGUUUGACUGGAAAGAUCUCAUGAAGUUCGCCAAGAAACAGAUGGAUUAUUUGCUUGGGAAAAACCCAUUAGGGAGAUCAUACAUGGUUGGGUUCGGCAACAACCCACCGAAGCAGCCUCACCACAGAGGCUCCUCCGUUCCUAUUUUGGCACCCAACGCCCCCAUUAGCUGCCCCAUGAGCUUCGUUAACUGGUUCCGAGAAGACUUGCCCAAUCCCAAUGAGCUCACCGGCGCCAUUGUCGGCGGGCCCGAUCGAUACGACAAUUUCGAUGAUCAACGUUGGGACUCCUCCAAGCUCGAGCCCACUACGUACAUCAACUCCCUAGCCGUCGGUGUCCUUGCAAAGCUCAGUUCGCAGCAUUCCUAA